CUAAUUGUUUUCCCAUAUUUUCCCAUAAUUUAAAUUUACUAGGUGUAACGUAUUCUAUUACUUUUAAAUGUUUUUUUGUAGGCUGCAUGUAUUGCCCUAAUGUUAAAGCAUCUACUCCAGCAUUUCUUAAAUCUUUCAUUGCUUGUUCUACUUCAUUGUCAGUUUCGCCCAACCCAAGCAUGAUUGAUGAUUUUGUAAUUAAAUUUUCAUUACAUUCUUUAGCUAUUCUUAAGACAUCCAAGGAUUGACUGUUUAAGACAAAAGUAUGAAAUAUAACAUGUAAAUUAUAAAUAUGAAUAUGUUUAAUAUAUAUGAGUAUUUUUUUUUUUAAAUUAUAAAAAUAUGUACUUAUAAUUAGCUCGUCUAUCUCUCACAAAUGGUGUUAAUCUCUCCACAGUUUCAAUAUUAUGAGCAAAUACAUCAAGAUUGGAAGCAACAAUAGUUGCGAUACUACUUCUAUUUCCUUUAAAAUCUGGUACUAAACAUUCAACAAAAAUAUCACUUCUAUAACAAAUAAAAGUAAAUAAAUAAAUUAAUGUUUUAUGAUAAAGAAGUAUUUACAAAUUCCAAAUAGAAUACCUGCAUUUAAUUUCCUUUACUGUCAUUGCUAUAUGUUUUGCUCCGCCAUCACUUAAGUCUAAUAACAAUUCAACACAAGAUUAUAUUUUUUUAUAUUAUUACAAAAUCAAAAUGUAUUAAAGUUUUGUAACUAACCAUCUCUAUCAACAGAUGUAAGAACAACAUAAUCUAAAUCCCAAUCUAUUAUUGCAGUUGCUGUAUUAACUGGUUCUUCAGGAUUUAAUGGUGCUGGCGUACGAGACGUUUUGACGGAACAAAAUCGACAGCCACGAGUACAAGUAUCUCCCAUUAACUAAAUAAUAUUUUAUUUUUGCAGCAUAUUCAAUUAUAUAGAACUAUGUUACUUAAUAAAGUUAGUUACCAUAAUAGUAGCAGUUGCAGUACCAUGGCUUCCUCCACCCCAACAUUCUCCAAUAUUGGGACAACGAGCUUCUUCGCAGACUGUACUUAAACGUAAUUGUCUUAAUUGAGAUUUUAUUUUAUUGUAAUUUUUACCCAUAGGUAUUUCAGUUUUAAGCCAUGGAGGUAAUUUCAAUCUGCUCUCUCCUUUUUCCAAUUUUAAUUUUCCUUUAUAUUCCGUAUAAUUAUUGCUGAUGAAAUCCUCAAACUGUGGGCCAUCUUCAAGUCUUUCAGAGAAUGUUUUAUUAAUUUUCUCGGUACAUCGUACACACUGUUGCAAUUAAUUAAUAUUAAUAAGAUUUUUUAUACGUACAUAAUAUGUAAUAAUAUUCUAAUAUAUAUUUUGUUAUAAGUAUAAAUAGUUAUAAAAUAAUGAUAGAACUUACUAUUGUAUGAAAAUGAAAGAGACCGAAUGAUUUUAAAUUUGUUGCAUAAGUUAUUCGCAACAUGCUCUAAAUUUAAUUAAGUCAAUUAGUUGUUUAUUGGAAAAUACGCAAAAAUAAAUUAGUUUACUUUUACCAUUUUCUUAAAAUUAUAUAUUUGUUGGUACUCGAUGGACGUAUAAAUAAUAAAUACGCAAUUUGAUUGGUCACACUCGUACUAUAUCGUACUUAAAUAUGACUACGACCUUUCUCUGUCGAUUUUGAAAUCGAUAUAGAUUCAUAUAACUUCAUGCCUUCCAAUAGUUUAUUUUUUGAAGGAACAGCAACUUCAAGCCAAUAAAAAUGGUAUACAGUGAUGUUUAUAGUUGUUAUACAAGGAUGUGUUGUUUGUGUUAGAGUGUACUGUCUUGAUCGUGGAAAAUUUAGUAUUUGGAUAUGUUGUAUUCGGUGAGUGUUUCAACAUGGUUCAAUUUCAUUUAUUUCAUCGGUUUGACGUAAUAGAAAAUAAUGGGCUUUGAUAAUUCAUCAAAUCUUUAGGAUAAAAAAGGAUGGGGUGUAUCAAUAGUCGUGCAGAUAUCAAUGAUCUACAUCCAAAUAUUUUUCAAGUGAUAAAUGUUGAUGAUUUAGGUAAUUUAGUUACUCCAGGACGUUUAGAAAUUACAGAUACAGAUAUAAUUUUAUAUCAACGUGGCAAACAGCCUAUAAAAUGGCCAUUACGAUGUUUAAGACGAUACGGUCAUGAUGCAGAAAUCUUUAGCUUUGAGUCUGGUAGAAGAUGUUCUACCGGGCCUGGUAUUUAUGCCUUUAAAUGCCAUCGAGCAGCGUAUUUAUUUAAUCUUGUUCAAACAAAUAUUCAAGUAUGUAAUAAUAGUAUAGACGACACAAUAUCAAGAGAGCUUCCGGUCGCUGCUCAAACAGUUCCAUCUGUAACAAGAGUGACAAUACCAUUUGAACCUAAUUAUUUAGAUCCAAUGCCUACUAGAUUUAACAACCGCAUGGGUACUAGAUUUGUUCAUAAUGAACAAAAUGGAAUAGGAAGACUAAGUAGCGUUGGAAGUAGUAAUGGUCCUAUGUCACCUCAAGGAACUAUAAGCACUCCAUCCCCUCCUCCUAUUUUACCACCACCACAACCACCACCACCACCACCACCAUCUACAAUUUCUCACUCACAUUCAUCCUCACUUUAUAUCAACGAAGAAAUAUUAUUAUCUAUUCCAUUGGAAAUGGAACACAAUAAUAAUAAAAGUCUUAGGAGAAUGACACAAAGCAGUGGCACAAGUGGAUGGGAAAUGACAUCCAUAACUAAAAAUCAAGAAUUGUCAUGUAACAAUAGGCCAUUGUUAUCUUCAACAGUAUCCUACAUGAAUGUGGGUAUUAAUAAUGAAGUUAGCCCACUUUCACCAAAUCAUAAUACUUUGGAUGCAACUACAUGUAUAGAAGAAAUUAAUGAAACAAAUGUUUCUGAACAUGCAUACAUGAAUAUAAGUCCUGGUAAUGAUCAAGCUGAUUCCGUUGCUGUUAGGGUACAUCCACUACCAUUGCCAGUUUUACAAUCUAAUUCAGAAGAUGGAUCAAGGCACUGUUAUGCUAAUUUAGAAUCAACUGAAAUUGAAAGUUUAAAAAAAAGAUUUUCAGGAAUUUCUAUAUCUGAUAAAUCACCUUUACCUCCAUCGACACCUACAGGUAUUGCAAUUAGGGAAGUUAAUUAUGCUGUUUUGGAUUUGGAUAAGAAAGAUGAAUCAAUGAAUCCAUCAUUGGAUGGUGCAAUACAUUUGACACCAUCUCCCCCAGAGUCACCCAAUAAGAUACAGAAAGGAUAUGCUACAAUAGAUUUUAAUAAAACAGCUGCUCUCUGUCAUUCUGUUAAUCCUAAUCUUGUAAAUGAUAAUGAAGGUUCGCGAAAGACACGUCAUAAUUCCACAAUAAAUGACUUGUCUGCUUCUUGCAGACUUAGUUCAUCCAUUAGUGAGUAAUACAUUUAUUAUUUUAUUAUACUCACAUUAGAUUAUUCAUACACUUAUAUUGUUAUUAUGCAUAUGUAUAAAAUCUUUAAUCUUUCAUAAAAUAAUAAUUUGUUAGUUUUUUCUUACUUUUUACAAUGUUUUAAAAUAUUGAUUAAGAAACAUUUUUAUAUAUAUUAUUUAGUAAAAUUUUUCUAAAUUCAGGAUUUUUAUAAUAUAAUAUUAUUUCAUUCAUAUUUUUUUUAUAUAUAAAUAUACAAGUUAUUUGGAUAGUUUCGAAUGUGUACAUGUGCAGCAUACAUGUAUCAGUUUUAGUUCUCAAUAUCUGAUUCAUAAAUAUACAAUAAUUCAUUUUAUUAAUUACAGCAUUUAAAAGAUGUAGUUUUCUCUCUAAUGUAUUUUUAGAGAAAGGAAAUCUCAAGGAAAGAAUUUUAUACAAUAAUUAAAUAAGUUUAUAGAAUAUUACACAUAAAACGAUUUUUUACAUUAAAUAUUUUAAUAUGAUUAAUAUAGAGCUAUUGGAAGAUAAAGCAUCUUGAUUUUUUGUAUAUAUUUCCAAAACUAAUGAGGCUGAUAUUAAAGUAUGAACUAAAUGAUAAUAUAGAACUAAUUCAGUGAUUAUUUAACAGACUUAUUGGUUUAGAUCAAGUUUGUACAUUGUUAACUCUGAAUUUUUUGUAAUUUGGUACAUACUAGCAGAAUUUCUUUUAAUGUUACUUUUUUAAUAUUUGAAACUUAAUAUAUAUAACUGCUAGUCUGUUUUCUUUAUAACAUUCUUAUCAUAAAAGAUAAUCUUUGCUUCCUCUAAAUUUAUCUAUAUUUCAAAAAUCUAUAAAAAAUCAGAAAAGAAUAUAAUAAUGUUAAUUUUACUAAGACAAUCAUUUGACAUUUAAAACUAUAUGUAUACAAGUAUAUUUCAGUAGAAAAUGAUUAUUCUUCAUGCAAUAUUUAAAGUUCAUUUUAACAUUUAUCAGAAAUUAUUUAUAAAAGUGAUAUUCAAAUGUGAUAAAAGUAUAUAGAAUAUAAACUAUAUAGCACAUGUGUGUGUGUGUGUGAUAAAUUUUGAGGCAGUUAAGAUAGCAAUGUAAGUGAGGAUUUUACAUAAUUUAUAUCCAAACAAGAUUUGUUGUGGCACAAAAUAAUAAUGACUAUUUUAUAACACUAUUAUAUAUAUAUAUAUGUUGUAGAUAAAGUACAGCAAAACAUUUCUAGCUUAUCAAGACAAGCUUCUCUUUUCUUGAUUUUUAAAAUAUUUAUGUACGUAUGCUAAAAUAGUAUGCCAUUGCAAAGAAAUAUUUAUUUAUAUAUGAUAUUGUUAAUUAAUAUUUAUGUUAUAAUUUUUAGUUAUUUUAUAUGUACUUUUUCCAGAAUAUAUUCUUAAUCUUCAUCUAAAUAUCAUGCAUAUGUAAAAAAAUAUAAGAAUAAGAUGCAAUUUAAGUGACUUUUUCUUCUAAUAGCUCCAAAUAUGUAGUAACAAAAAGUCAAUAUGUUUAAAAUAAUAGAAGUUGAAUAUUUUUAAAAUUAAUUAUAUUACUAUGAGAGAGCACUACUUUCUGUGCUAUAGGUUCCCUGCGCAGCAGUCGAUCACUAGCUUCGACUUAUUUUUAUGUAACUAGAUCUUUUACAACGAGAUAAAUAUAUUGAAAAAGCUA